AUGGACUUGUCAUCGCCGCCGGUUAGCACUAAUGAGUUCGACAUUAGUGAUAUGGAGCUCGUCACAGAGAGGGGCAAUGUUGCUGCAGCUGAUGAUGAGGGGCCGAAGAAGUAUAGCCCGGAGGAGACAUUGUGGCUGGCCAGGAAUUUCGUCGACAUCUCCGAGGAACCUGUCAUCGGCAACCAGCAGAGCGACAAAGUGUUCUGGGAGCGGAUUGCCCAGAAAUAUAACGCUGGUCGACCAAGAGGGACGUUAGAGCGUAGCUACGUGAAGCUACGAAAGCAUUGGGGUCGGGUUCAGAGGGAGAUGACGAAGUGGAAUGGCAAGUGGACUAACGUAGUCCAGAUGUGGCCUAGCGGUCACAUCAAGAUGGACCUCGUGGCAAAAGCCAAUGUGGAGUUUUUCUCUGACGGGAAGAAGCACUUCAAGUACUACGAUGUUUGGAAGCUUAUCCACAAGAGCCCGAAGUACACCGGCGGGGCAGAAGAGGCGGGAAGUGGGAUGUCGAACAGAACCAAAAAAAAGACAGAAAAAGGUGCAAAAAGGGCCAAGGUGCAACAGCCUCAGUUCAAGCCGAGUUUCCUGGCACUGUUGAAGUCUAAUCAAUGA